CGUGCCGCUUAUUGACUUGACGAGGUGGCAAGGAAACCCUGCGUGCAACAUUCGACAUCUGGCGGAAGCGUGACUCUCGACCUGCCGAAGGGCACGAAUGUGGUCAUUGGAGCGUCAAUGAACGCUCGAGGCAAACUCGUUGGUGACAUGGGUGGGCCUUUGGGUGAUGACUACAUGGUUGAGGACGAAGGCCACAAGGGCAAGAGGGGGGCGACGCCCUACCCCGCUGAAGAGCUUGCCGUACCUCUUGACACCUGCCACAGGUGGCCGCCUCCCUCUUGGCCAAGCUUGCCAGUCGGCGCGAAGGUGGCCUCGCUCCGUGACGAACCUGCUCCCCGCAAGAAACUGACUACGACGGGCAGGCAGUCAACCGAGCCUGGCUGGCACAACCUCAGCAAUGCACUCGGAAAGGUUCAGCAAUUCGCAACAUAUGAGCUCUCGGUCCCGUUGGGAAGCUGGCUGGUCGACCCCUCUGCUUUCGAAAGCGGGAAUACUGGAGUUCUUCAGUUGCCAGCGGGCAUGACCUUAUUUGAGACGUCGAGCAGCUACAAAUGGGGCCAGCUUGUGAACGGUCCUUCUGCAGAUGGCCGCUACGGCGUUCAAUCCAGCACUAGUGGCUGGAAGACGACCCCCCUGCACGGACAGGAACUCGCUGUCCCCCUCGAAACUCUGCUAUACCUGCACCAGGUGGCAGCGUUGGAACGACGCAUCGACACACUGAACACUCAAUUGAAGGAGAAAUACGCUUGCAACAUUAAGCUCAUGACGGAGGCGAUGAGCAUGUCCACCGCACUGGAGAAGGAACAGUCCGAUCUCAAGAAGGCCAACGACCGCAUCAGAAAGAUAGCCCAGGGCGAGAGGCUCAUGCUGGACGCAGCAGGCGAGCAUGACUACGGCUCCAACCUCCCGUCACCGGCUGACCUUGUACAGCGAAUCGAGAGCAUCCAAGAGCAGAUGUUCGUUGACUUGAUUCACCACGCCCUGGGAAAUGACAGCAACACCUGGCUGGUAAACCAAGAUGCGGCUGAGCAUAUCAAAAUCCCCAGGGAAUUCGUGAUGCAAGUGCUGGUCGAGACAGUGCAUGAGUGCUAUCGGCGCGUCCACGAGUGUGUUUCGAGGCGGACGGAACAUAUUAAAAGACUCAAGAAGGAGAUUGUGGGAGCGGCCCAACCCGGCCGCCUUGCCCAUGAAGUGGAGCUUUUUGAGCGCAACGCCCUCCACGAGGGAUACAAGGAGAUAUUCGUGGAGGUUUGCCCCGAAUCUGACAGCGACCAGACCGAGCUGGCUCGAAAACUCUUCCACGAGCUUGCCGAGUGCAUAUCCGUUUCGAAGGUGUCACCGCGUGUUCCCACAGCGCUCCUCGACGCCACCAUGGCAACCUAUACGGAUAUUGUCACGACCCUUCUCAUGUUAUUCUUGGAGUGUGAAAUUCAGCCGUCGACCACACUCAAGUUCUUGGGGAACUUUGGGAGCAGGGAGCCUUGGGACCCAGACAAGCACAACAAGGAAUCAUUCGACCCCUCGUAUGAAGGGGACGACAAACUCGUGAAGGAGAGCACUCAGGUGCAGGUGGUAAUCCCUCGCCUGUUCUGGAAGAAGAACGAUGGCGACAGUAUUACAGACUAUUUUGAAACCAAGGCUUCCUUCGUUAUUCGCGAUACCUGAGCUGUUUGGUCCAAGAGAUGCGAUAGAAUGUAGUCAGGGGUCCAGGUAGAAGACCAUUCAACAACGCGUGUGCCGUAGCGCGACAGGCCAACAUCCCUUUCUUGCAUUGCGCCAGACCCCCCUUUGGUAUACCUCUGCUACUCGGGGUUAUUUUCGUAUUGUCCUGUACUGUUUGCCUAUGUGGCUCCCUUUCAUGUCAGCGUAUGGCGGGGAUCUGCCCGGUCGGUGGGAAUCCGGCGUGAAUACGUCGGCACAGCAUCGGGAUGAUGGGAGCACGCAGGCAUUUACGUAUUCUUUCGUCCCAAUUUCAAAUGUUUGGAGGUGCGUCUUGGGGAGAGGGCCGGUGAAAACCCGGCGACGAGAACCUAUCCUAUAUAAACAUGUACUGCGUAGGGGCACGGGAAUGGAGUAUGCCAACAUUUUUUCGGUGGUUGGCGACCUUCAUUCAUCUUGUAGUGCUUAUUAUCUAGAUAGCUGUUACAGCUUGCCCGGGUGGCGGUAGCGCGUCGGACUGAGCUGUCCUCGAGACGCUCCAGCAGGUGCUCCCGAAGGGGCAGGACAAACUGUUCGUACAGUUGUAUAUGCAUAUCAAGGGGUGGAACACUGUGGGUGCUGUUACGCAACUCGGUGAUUUCAAAUGAAGAAAACGAUGAUAAGUUUGUGAUUGACUGACCCCAAGGCCCUGUUUUUAUGGCAAAAAAUGAACAUGAGCGUGAGAAGCGAGGUGGCCAACACUCCCAACUACUCGAAUGCGUCUAUGACCAGAGCCGCCUUUCGUUCUAAAUGAACCCGAAUACGAUGGCAGCAAGAAGCCAGUCCUUAGUCUCGGCGAGCAACAGCGUCUCAGCAGCAGUGGGUGUGUGCUGAAUGCUGCGGUCGCUCCGUAUGCUGUCUGUGCUCGGUACAGCAGCCUACCACAGAGGUUACACUUCGAGUGAGUGCAGUUUGAAGUUGAUGUGUGCUUCGGAACGAAGAAACAAAUAAGAAUGUUGAUUACU